GCUGUGGGGCGGUGCUGACGUGGAGGAGACCGGGGCAAGACAGGCUGCAAUUUGGGCCGCCGCCGGAGCCUGGGCUAGGGCGGACAAAGAUGCUGACCAAGUUCGAGACCAAGAGUGCGCGAGUCAAAGGACUCAGCUUUCACCCCAAACGACCCUGGAUCUUAACUAGUCUUCACAAUGGAGUCAUCCAGCUGUGGGAUUACCGAAUGUGUACCCUUAUUGACAAAUUUGAUGAGCAUGAUGGUCCUGUACGAGGCAUUGACUUCCACAAACAGCAGCCACUGUUUGUCUCUGGAGGAGAUGAUUAUAAGAUCAAGGUCUGGAAUUACAAACUUCGGCGCUGUCUGUUCACGUUGCUUGGACACCUGGAUUAUAUCCGUACCACAUUUUUUCAUCAUGAAUAUCCUUGGAUUCUGAGUGCCUCAGAUGAUCAGACCAUCCGUGUGUGGAACUGGCAGUCCAGGACCUGUGUCUGUGUGCUAACAGGACACAACCACUAUGUAAUGUGUGCCCAAUUCCACCCUUCAGAAGACCUGGUGGUAUCAGCUAGCCUGGACCAGACUGUUCGUGUUUGGGAUAUUUCUGGUCUGAGAAAGAAGAACCUUUCCCCUGGAGCUGUGGAGUCAGAUGUGAGGGGAAUAACAGGGGUUGAUCUCUUUGGGACAACGGAUGCAGUUGUAAAACACGUUUUGGAGGGUCACGAUCGUGGAGUUAACUGGGCCGCCUUCCACCCCACUAUGCCUCUUAUUGUGUCUGGGGCUGAUGACCGUCAAGUGAAGAUUUGGCGUAUGAAUGAAUCUAAGGCUUGGGAGGUAGAUACCUGCCGAGGUCACUACAACAAUGUCUCCUGUGCCGUCUUCCACCCUCGCCAGGAACUCAUCCUCAGCAAUUCUGAGGAUAAAAGUAUUCGUGUGUGGGAUAUGUCGAAGCGGACUGGAGUUCAGACCUUCCGUAGAGACCAUGACCGUUUCUGGGUUCUAGCUGCCCAUCCCAACCUCAACCUCUUUGCUGCAGGUCAUGAUGGUGGCAUGAUUGUCUUUAAACUGGAACGAGAGCGACCCGCUUAUGCUGUUCAUGGCAACAUGCUACACUAUGUCAAGGAUCGAUUCUUGCGCCAGCUAGAUUUUAACAGCUCUAAAGAUGUUGCUGUCAUGCAGUUGAGGAGUGGUUCCAAGUUCCCAGUGUUCAACAUGUCAUAUAACCCAGCAGAGAAUGCAGUCCUACUGUGCACAAGAGCCAGCAACCUAGAAAACAGCACCUAUGACCUAUAUACUAUUCCCAAGGAUGCUGACUCUCAGAAUCCUGAUGCCCCUGAAGGGAAACGUUCUUCUGGCCUGACAGCCGUGUGGGUUGCCCGAAAUCGUUUUGCUGUCCUGGAUCGUAUGCAUUCGCUUCUCAUCAAGAACUUGAAGAAUGAAAUCACCAAAAAAGUGCAGGUCCCUAACUGUGAUGAGAUCUUUUAUGCAGGCACAGGGAACCUGCUGCUCCGAGACGCUGAUUCCAUCACACUUUUUGAUGUACAGCAGAAGCGGACUCUGGCAUCCGUAAAGAUUUCCAAAGUGAAGUAUGUCAUUUGGUCAGCAGAUAUGUCCCAUGUAGCCCUGCUGGCCAAGCAUGCCAUCAUGAUCUGCAAUCGUAAACUGGAGUCACUUUGUAACAUCCAUGAGAAUAUUCGUGUCAAGAGUGGUGCCUGGGACGAGAGUGGUGUGUUUAUCUAUACCACCAGCAACCACAUCAAAUAUGCUGUCACUACUGGGGACCAUGGGAUCAUCCGUACCCUUGACUUGCCAAUCUAUGUCACACGGGUGAAGGGCAAUAAUGUGUACUGCCUAGACCGAGAGUGUCGUCCACGAGUGCUUACCAUUGAUCCCACCGAGUUCAAAUUCAAGCUAGCCUUAAUCAACAGGAAAUAUGAUGAGGUACUGCACAUGGUGAGGAAUGCCAAGUUGGUGGGCCAGUCCAUCAUUGCCUAUCUCCAGAAGAAGGGCUAUCCAGAAGUGGCACUGCACUUUGUUAAGGAUGAGAAGACUCGAUUUAGUUUGGCCCUGGAAUGUGGCAACAUUGAGAUUGCCCUAGAAGCAGCCAAGGCUCUAGAUGACAAGAAUUGCUGGGAAAAGCUAGGAGAAGUGGCCCUACUCCAGGGAAACCAUCAGAUUGUGGAGAUGUGCUACCAACGUACCAAGAAUUUUGAUAAACUUUCCUUCCUAUACCUCAUCACUGGCAACCUUGAGAAACUUCGCAAGAUGAUGAAGAUCGCUGAGAUCCGAAAAGACAUGAGUGGCCAUUAUCAAAAUGCCCUGUACCUGGGUGAUGUUUCAGAACGUGUGCGCAUCCUGAAGAAUUGUGGGCAGAAAUCCCUGGCCUACCUUACAGCUGCCACUCAUGGUCUGGAUGAGGAAGCAGAGAGCCUCAAGGAGACAUUUGACCCAGAGAAGGAGACAAUUCCAGACAUUGACCCUAAUGCCAGGCUGCUUCAGCCACCUGCACCCAUCAUGCCAUUGGACACCAACUGGCCCCUGCUAACUGUUUCCAAAGGCUUCUUUGAGGGUUCUAUUGCCAGCAAGGGGAAAGGAGGUGCACUGGCUGCUGACAUUGACAUUGACACUGUUGGCACUGAAGGCUGGGGAGAGGAUGCAGAGCUGCAGCUGGAUGAAGAUGGCUUCGUGGAAGCUGCAGAGGGUUUUGGCGAUGAAGCUCUUGCUAAAGGGCAGGAAGAAGGAGGUGGCUGGGACGUAGAAGAAGACCUGGAACUUCCACCUGAGCUAGAUGUUUCCCCUGGGGCAGCUGGAGGCACUGAAGAUGGAUUCUUUGUGCCCCCCACCAAGGGAACGAGUCCUACUCAGAUCUGGUGCAAUAAUUCCCAGCUGCCAGUUGACCACAUCCUGGCAGGCUCCUUUGAGACAGCCAUGCGGCUCCUUCACGACCAGGUUGGAGUAACCCAGUUUGGCCCCUAUAAGCAGUUAUUUCUCCAGACGUAUGCCCGAGGCAGGACCACAUACCAGGCUCUGCCCUGCCUACCCACCAUGUAUGGUUACCCAAAUCGCAAUUGGAAAGAUGCAGGGCUGAAGAAUGGUGUGCCAGCUGUGGGGCUGAAGCUUAAUGACCUGAUCCAGCGACUGCAGCUGUGCUAUCAGCUCACUACAGCGGGCAAGUUUGAGGAGGCAGUGGAGAAAUUUCGUUCUAUCCUGCUUAGCGUGCCACUUCUUGUAGUGGACAGUAAGCAAGAAAUUGCUGAGGCCCAGCAGCUCAUUGCCAUCUGCCGUGAGUACAUUGUGGGUUUGUCAAUGGAGAUUGAGAGGAAGAAGUUGCCCAAGGAGAGCCUAGAACAGCAGAAGCGCAUCUGUGAGAUGGCAGCUUACUUCACCCACUCCAAUCUGCAGCCUGUGCAUAUGAUCCUGGUGCUUCGAACGGCUCUUAAUCUCUUCUUUAAACUCAAGAACUUCAAGACUGCUGCUACCUUUGCACGGCGCCUAUUAGAACUGGGGCCCAAGCCUGAAGUGUCCCAGCAGACUCGAAAGAUCCUGUCAGCCUGCGAGAAGAACCCCACAGAUGCCUACCAGCUCAAUUAUGACAUGCACAACCCUUUUGACAUCUGUGCUGCAUCCUACCGACCUAUUUACCGUGGCAAGCCAGUGGAGAAAUGUCCCCUCAGUGGGGCUUGCUACUGUCCUGAGUUUCAGGGCCAGAUCUGCCGUGUCACCACAGUGACAGAAAUUGGCAAAGAUGUGAUUGGUCUAAGAAUCAGUCCUCUGCAGUUCCGCUGAGGCUCUGUGCUGGGGUAUGGAUUAGGUAUAGAACCAUUUUGCUACUGGUGGUUCUUCCCAGAGAAAAUCCUCCAUGUUAUCAUCUGGCUUGUAUCCUCAUUUCUGAUUUUCCCCACCCUAAGUUUCUUACCCCCAUUCCCUGGUUUUUUUUUCCUCCCCUGCUGUAGCCAGUUGAGAUGUUUAUGGCUUAAUACCUAUUCUUUUGCAAUCCAUGGUUACUGUAAUUUGGGCCAUAAUUGGUCUAUCCAAGUAAAAGCCUGCUCACUCCCUCCUUAGCUAAGAUCUGUCAGGAAGAGAAUGAAGAUUCCAUGGAGCAAAGAACCAACUAUUCACCCAACAGCUUUAUCCCGCUAAUCCUCUCUUCCCUGUUCCCCCACAAGAAAAAUAUUCUAGAAUGUGCUGUCAGUCCUCUCAGCCUCGCUUGGCCCUCAAACACCACAUAGGACUGACUGGAUUUACUUGGACCAUGCGGCCUCUUUUUGCCCGGUAGACAGAGUUCAGUUCUGAAAGAGAUCUAGCUGAUUCCUAAAAUAGAAACACUUUCAUAUUGAUUUAUCCUUUAUCACUGCUCCUGUUCAUGAGUUUUGUUUCUGACAUUUAAUAAAUUGGAUUUACUAAUUGA